GUCAGCCAAUCGCAUCGCGGCACUUCGUCAUGUUGGGCAAUGCGUUCUUGACCGAGGUGGACGGGCUCGUGGAGCGCCAGCGCAAGGCCCGAGCGCAGGCGCACAAAGCGCUGCAAGCAAGCAUUGCAUGCCUUGAGCAGGAUAUCGGUCGACACGUAGAUGCGAGGCUGGAUGGCAUUUUGGCAACUCAACGACGUGUUGAAGACGAGUGCUUGGCUUUGGGGAAAAACCAAGUGAUGUUCCAUCAAAAGACGAUUCGGUGGAGAGCCGAGUACAAACGAUUUCGGUCCGAGGUGGACGACCUGCACAAGUUUGAGCAGUGGAUGCAGCACACGGAAGCCAACAUGCUCGCGAUCUGCGGUAAACUCGAGUACGUCUGCCACGAAUUGAAUCGGGGCACUGCCACGUCCCAAGAUGCACAACUACCACCGCCUUCCCUGUUUGACUAGCCGAGAAAUCAAUGCGAAAUGUACUGAAUGGACAUACGACGUUGUUACUUUUGCC